GCCUUCGAUGAAAUAGAAGACUCAUCUUCUAUUCAUCAGAGGCUCCUUCGAUGACUCCUCCAGGACUGCAGCAGUGUCAGAGGUGGAUCAGUGAAUCAGUCUGUGAUUAUGUCUGUUAUCGUCUCUCUCGAGGAGAGGCUGGAGGCGGCGAGCAUAUAUAGGUGCUGUAAAGGGACAUUGAAAACAACACAGAGACGAGUAUAACAAGAGGUGCAAGAAAAUCUAAAGAAUAAAUCUGAAUCAAAAUUUCAAAAUAAGCUGUUAUUUAGUUAUUAGUGAUGUUGGAAAGGUUCUCUUACUUCUUGAAGUUUCACUUUGACUCUAUAUUUCUGAAAAUAAGGGAUGAUCGCAGAGAGGAAAUGUGCAGUUUGGUAAUGAUGCAGACACAAGUAGGAGUUUAUUCUGUCUUACAAGAAAGUCUGAGUUUAGUUUUAUACCCACGAGCACAUUCAUCAUACAUUACUCUCCCUCUAUAUUUUAUAUAUCUAUUACCUGUGUUCUCUCCAAAAGAUCCACCACUGCUGCUGUGGCUAAUUUGCCCUGUAGAGCCCGGGCCUCCUCGCCCAGUGGGAGGAUGAGAAACAGAUCGGUGCAGACCUCAUCGUUUGUCUCUAUAUAUAAUUCUUCAGUGCUGGUACAUCUUCUGACCUGUGCAACAUUCAUAUGGGACAAUGAAAGGAAACGGUGGGAUGCUUCUCUCCUUCUCCCCUCCCCAGUGCUGCACUCUCUCAUCUCUCCUUCCCACAAGGCUGAUUCACCACUUGUGACCCCUGCGGCAGCCUCGUUGAAAAUAGACAACAAAGUGUCUGAGAUGAAAACCAGUGGGCAGUUGCAGGCGAGAUUGCCGUUUGGCUUCCAGUUGCUUGGGCAGUGCAGAGCUCUUGCUGAGCUGACACUUCCAAUCGUCUGGAUUUUAGUCAGGCUGGCACUGUGAGGCCCCCCCACUGCAAGCACGCCCUAAAACCAACAACCAACCAAUCGGGAGUCAGUCUCAGCUGUCAAUCAUGACGUCUCAUAGCAACAAGUAACUCAUUAAUACCGAACUUGUUAGACAACGAGCAUUUCGGUUUGUCAGACGUGGUCUAUGGCUGCGUCCUUCAUCUGCUGCGUAAGGAUGCACCCCCCCCGAAAUGAGACAAAUCAUUCAUUUACCUAUGAAGAAGGUCAAAGAGGAAGUACCUAUACCAGUGUGUCCUCUCUUACUGUGAAGGUCCUGACCGGAAGCGUAGCCUUGGUUACUCUCCUCCCUCAGGAAUGUGGAGUCGUUACCCCUGAACCUCCUGGAGCCCCGUCGACUGGAAACACAACACAACACAACACAACACCGCCACGACACAACACGGACCCCCGCAGGACGCUGGCCCGGGUCUCCAUGGUAACGUGGCCGACGCACAGCCGCGACCAGGGGGCGGAACCAGAGAGCAGCAGCCGCUCAUCGAUCCCCUUCUCCCGGUAGAGGCGCAGGAAUCCGCCGGAGAUGCCAUUUCACAACGACGACUACUACCCCUACAGGAGUGACACCCAAGGGACCCACUCAUCAGCGGGGAUCCAGUCCCUCCUGAACUCCCCGCUCAGCCACUACUCUGUACCCGCAGCGGGGAUGACUCCUUCCAGGGGCACCUCCACCGUCCACCUCCCCUUCAAAUUCCGCCGUCGCAGGGAGACGGUGGACUGGCAGCGGAUCAACGCGGUGGACAUAAACCUGGUGAUGAGCCAGCUGGACAUAAACGCCCUCCAGGAUCACAUCAGCACAGUGACGUUCUGCAACCUGGACGGGGAGCGGUGCCAGCAGUGCCGGAGCCCUGUGGACCCGGGUCUGCUCAAGCUCCUGCAGCUGGCGCAGCUCACCGUGGAGUGGCUGCUCCACUGCCAGGAAUUCCUCAGCCUCAACCUGCAUGCGUUGGAGGAGAGGUUGGAGGCGGCGAGCAAGGAGCACAAGCAGCUGCUGGAGCAGCAGAGCGAGCAGGAGGAGAAGGUGAAGGCGCUGAAAGAAGCGCUCCUGCUGAAGGGGAAGGAGGUGCACGACCUGCAGUCCAAGCUGCUCCUCAGUAGCCAUAAGUGUCAAAUUUGUAAAAAAGGCUUCCUUACUCCCCAAUUCCUCCAGAGUCACAUGCAACGCCGUCAUCCUGAGGACCACGAGAGCCAGCUGCAGUCGGACAGUGAAAAGAAAUGCCAGAUUGAAAUUCUCAAGAUGGAGAUCAGCGGCCUGAGGGAGCAGAACGUUCAACUGCAGCAGAACCUGCAGCUCAAAACAGCUCAGGAGAAGGAGCUGCUGUCCACCCACAAAGACCUUCAGAGAGAGCUGGACCGUUUUAAAGCUGAGGAGAUGACUCGGAUGGAAAGAAAAAUCGAAGACACCAAGGACGGCAUGCGUAGAGAGAUGGAAUCUAUGUACAACCGAAAUGUUCAGGCUGUCAAUGCAUUGAAUCAGAAUCAGAUAUCCAAGCUUGAAACCUCAGCCGACUCUGCUCACUCGCAGAAACAAAUCAUCCAAAAGCUGGAGCAGCAGCUGAAGAAGCAGGAUAAAAUGUGGGAAUCCAUGCUGCAAAAAAACAAGGAACAACACGAGUCUGAAAAGAAUCAGCUGCUGGACGAGCUGAGCAGAACUCAGUCGUCUGUGUCCGAGCAGCAGGAGCGAAGCCAGCAGCUGCAGCAGGAGAUGGGACGGAGGCUGCAGGAGAAGCAGCAAACCAUCAAGGCUCAGAGGGAGCAGAUAAGAAAUAUUUCCUCAAAUACACCCACCAAAGUAGUGGAGGUACCAGUGGUGGUCAGCGCACCAGCACCAGAGCCCAAACCAAAGAGGGUUGUUCUUGACUCGAGCAGCGCCUCUGAGAGGAGGCCCGCGGAGAGGAGGCCCGCGGAGAGGAGGCCUGAGCCGGUUCCAGAGAAAAAACCGAGUCCGAGCGUGACGGCCACUGCUCUGAAGAGGAACCCCAGCAUCAAGAAGGCGAUGCGACGAGAGCUGGAGCAGGCCGUCAUAAAGAAGCUGGAGGACCUGGGGGUCAAGCCCAAUCAAAGAGGUCUGACGAACAGGGAGCUCACUUCCAUCAUGGCCAAGGUGCAUUCAGAGCGGGACCGAGUUGCAAAGGGGAUGCCUGAAUACUGGCGCUGUCGGGAGGAGAUCACCCGCAGCGUGGACGAGAAGAUGAGCGAUCAGACGAGAGAAGCUCCUCCAGAGACUCCGGCUCGACCCAGACACUCGGUUCGAGUGUUUGUGUCUGGACCUGCAGGCAGACAGUCCAAGACCCCCCAGCCAGCGCCGAGGGCCAAGAGCACCACCCAACCCAAGACGUCCACGCCCAACAGCAAGGCUGCUCCGAGGACCUUCACACUCAAGACUCCUCCUUUCAGCUCCGAUGAGGACUCUGAAGAGGAGGACACGGAGGAGAAACAGCCCCCGAAACACCAGAGGGGCAGAUCACCACCGACCAGAAUGAACCAGGCGACUCCGGUCCACAUCAGAGCCGGCAAAGCCAGUCCGGUCCAGGCCAGGCAGGCCGUUACCAGGCAGACGUUCUCCUCCAGCACCCAGCCGCCGUGGGGGUCAGUGGGGGUGGUGACCAAGACGGCAGUGAAAAAGAUGGAGAGUGACGAUGAUGAAGAUGAAGAUGAAGAUGAUGAUGAUAAGGAGGAGUGGUCUGAAGUCAGCGAGCUGCAGGAGAUCGACUCCAAACAGCUGCAGGGAUACAGAGACCAGAACGGCAACGUGGAUAAGAGGAACUUCAAGAAAGAUAAGAAAAUCACUGUCCUGGCCAGAAAGGUGGAGCAGAAGUUUGCAGCGAGAACAGCAAAGAGACCAGCAGGGGGCGUCAGCAUUUUGACAGAGAGGAGAGACGAGGUGCAGGAGCUGACGUACACAGAUCUGGAGGAGAGCCAGGAUUGGUUGGUCUCCUCCUUAGAGGACGGACAGGAAGUGUCUAAACCAGCUCAGGGCUCUGGACCAAUGAGGAAGAGUCUGGACUCAUCCAGCACCAGCGUGUGGGGGACCUCCACAGGAAAGGCUCCCAGAUCAGCAGGUCUGACUGAAGCCGGGACAGGAAGCACCCUGAAGAGCAGCCUGUGCUCCCUCGGCGACUUCAGCGACUCCGAGGACACGAGCAAUAAACCCAGUGGACGCUACAGCUGAUCAGGUGCCGUAACGCUCCGCCAGCACCGGUGCAAAGACCUCAGUCUCCUCUGACGUCUGCAGCCGACGCCAGAACAGCCAUAUUUUAUACUUCUGCUUAUAGAGACAUGAGCAGUACGUCACAAACACAAGUUCAGAUUUUUUCUAUCAUCAUCUAGAAAAUAUAACAGUUUCAUAGACUUUUCUUGUUUUUAAGUCCCACUUCAUAUCUUGUGCCAAGUGUUUGUUCGCCUCGCACCUUUAAAUCCAUCCUGACUCCUCCCACACUCCGUGAGGUAGUGGAUGUAGUUUGUGUAAAAGCAUGUGUACUUCAGAUUUUAUAUUGUUCCUUCUUAUGUGGUUUUGUAUCGAAAAUAUUUAUACCAGCAAUAAAAGACCCCCCAGGUUCUUGACUUCA